AUGACCUACUUGGCACAAAGUCCAGGUAGAGGGUCAGUACGUGGUAGCUGCUGUGGAUCUUGUUCCUCCUCCGUGGCUUUCUGCUACACUCUGAUUAUAUCACCCACUCCUGGGUGCAAGGUAUCACUUGAGAAGGUGCUUGGCAUCACAGCCCAGAACAGCAAUGGCCUAACCUGUGACCCCAGCACAGGCCACGUGGCCUACCUGGCAGGGUGUGUGGUGGUGAUUUUGAACCCCAAGGAGAACAAGCAGCAGCACAUUUUUAAUACAGCCAGGAAGUCUCUGAGUGCCCUGGCCUUCUCCCCUGAUGGAAAGUACAUAGUGACGGGGGAGAACGGGCACAGGCCCGCUGUGCGCAUCUGGGACGUGGAAGAGAAGAGUCAGGUGGCGGAGAUGCUGGGCCACAAGUACGGUGUGGCCUGUGUGGCCUUCUCCCCCAGUAUGAAGCACAUUGUGUCCAUGGGCUACCAGCACGACAUGGUACUCAACGUCUGGGACUGGAAGAAAGACAUCGUGGUGGCCUCCAAUAAGGUAUCGUGCAGGGUCAUCGCCCUCUCCUUCUCAGAGGACAGCAGCUAUUUUGUCACUGUUGGGAACCGGCAUGUGAGGUUCUGGUUCUUGGAAGUCUCCACUGAAGCAAAGGUGACGGGCACAGUGCCCCUCGUGGGGCGCUCAGGCAUCCUGGGUGAGCUGCAUAACAACGUCUUCUGUGGUGUGGCUUGUGGCCGGGGCCAGAUGACAGGUAGUACCUUCUGUGUGUCCUACUCGGGCCUCCUCUGCCAAUUCAACGAGAAGAGGGUGCUGGAGAAGUGGAUCAACCUAAAGGUCUCGCUGUCUUCCUGCCUCUGUGUCAGCCAGGAGCUCAUCUUCUGCGGCUGCACAGAUGGGAUAGUCCGCAUAUUUCAAGCCCACAACCUGCAAUACCUCGCCAACCUGCCCAAGCCGCACUACCUUGGAGUGGAUGUGGCCCAGGGCCUGGAGCCCAGCUUCCUUUUCCACAGGAAGGCAGAAGCCAUCUACCCGGAUACAGUGGCGCUGAUCUUCGACCCCAUCCACCAGUGGCUGUCCUGUGUGUAUAAGGACCACAGCAUCUACAUCUGGGAUGUCAAAGACAUCAACAAAGUAGGCAAGGUGUGGUCAGAGCUCUUCCACAGCUCCUACGUCUGGAACGUGGAGGUGUAUCCUGAGUUUGAAGAUCAGAGAGCUUGUCUGCCAUCAGGAUCUUUUCUGACUUGCUCCUCAGACAAUACCAUCCGCUUCUGGAACAUGGACGGCAGCCCUGACUCUCACUGGCAGAAGAACAUCUUCAGUAAUACCCUGCUGAAGGUUGUGUAUGUGGAGAAUGACAUCCAGCACCUGCAGAACAUGUCACACUUCCCAGACCGGGGGAGUGAGAAUGGGAUGCCUGUGGACAUGAAAGCUGGGGUACGAGUCAUGCAGGUCAGUCCUGACGGCCAACACUUGGCUUCAGGCGACCGAAGUGGAAAUCUGAGGAUCCACGAGCUGCACUUCAUGGACGAGCUGGUCAAGGUGGAGGCCCAUGAUGCUGAGGUGCUGUGCCUGGAGUACUCCAAGCCUGAGACAGGGUUGACCUUGCUGGCCUCAGCCAGUCGGGACCGACUGAUCCACGUGCUGAACGUGGAGAAGAACUACAACCUGGAGCAGACCCUGGAUGACCAUUCCUCCUCCAUCACAGCCAUCAAGUUUGCUGGCCACAGGGACAUCCAGAUGAUCAGCUGUGGGGCAGACAAGAGCAUCUACUUCCGCAGUGCCCAGCGGGCCUCAGAUGGACUACACUUUGUCCGUACCCACCACGUGGCAGAGAAGACCACCUUGUAUGACAUGGACAUUGACAUUACCCAGAAGUAUGUGGCUGUGGCCUGCCAGGACCGCAACGUAAGAGUCUACAGCACCAUGAACGGGAAGCAGAAGAAGUGCUACAAGGGCUCCCAGGGUGACGAAGGGUCCCUGCUGAAGGUCCACGUGGACCCCUCAGGCACCUUCCUGGCCACAAGCUGCUCUGACAAAAGCAUCUCGGUGAUUGAUUUUUACUCCGGCGAGUGCGUUGCCAAGAUGUUUGGCCAUUCAGAAAUCGUCACCGGCAUGAAGUUCACCUACGAUUGUCGUCACUUGAUCACAGUAUCCGGAGACAGCUGCGUGUUCAUCUGGCACUUGGGCCCGGAGAUCACCAACUGCAUGAAGCAGCACUUGCUGGAGAUCGACCGCUGUGAGCAGCAGCAGCAGCAGAACGCGCAGGACAGGAACUGGAGCAGCCACCCCAGGCAGGAGACAUAUGCAUCCAUGCCCAACGAGAUUUGCUCCCUAAGCCCUGGAGAGCAGACGGAGGAUGAGCUGGAGGAAGAAUGUGAACCUGAAGAGUUACUAAAGACACCAUCAAAAGAGAGUUUGGAUCCAGAUCCUCGGUGCCUGCUGACCAACGGCAAGCUGCCACUCUGGGCAAAGCGGCUGGUGAGUCUGCCCGGAGAGUGGGACGCCUAGGAGCUGACAAAGAAGGGAUGCCCUCCUCCAUGUUCCUCAUUCUUCUGUGAACACUUUUCCCCUCCACAUGUCUCCUUUCCCUGGAGAACCCCUGUCAUCCUUCCACUCUCCGCUUAGACAGUCCUUCUUUCAUGCAACACAUAUUUACUGAGUGCCUACCCUGUGCUAGGCCUUGCUCUGGCCCUUAGAUACAGCAACCAGCAGGGCAGAUGAAAUCUCUGCCUUCACAGGCUCAUUCUCCAGUUUGGGAGGUGGACAAUAGCCACAUUAAACAGGUAAAUUAUAUAGUAUUUGGGGAACUAAUAAUCAGUGCUAUGGAGGACAAAAAAGUUGAGAAGGAAAAUACAAAGUGUUGGGGGUGGUGACGAUUUUAGGGUAAAAAGAAAAGGCUUCACUAGGAGGCCUUCUUCAUGUAUUUGAGCAGAAUUAAAGCAAGUGAGAAAUACAGAUCCUGGGAAAGAAUGUUCCAGGAAGAGAGACCAGUCUGCAAGGGUGAGGGCCGUGAGGCAGGAUCAUGCUUAUUAGCAUGUUCCAGGAAGUGCAGGGAGGCCGGAUGCCUGGGUCGAGGGUGAAUGAGGGCAGAAUGGUGGAGAAGGGCUCGGAGAGGCAGUGGGGGCCAGGUGGUGAGGAACCGUGUGGGCUUGCUGUGUCCCCUCGACACCCCUGUUGUCCUUCUCCACUUAUUUCUUCCCCUGUAGUGCUGAGUGAGAUGGACAGGAGGGAGAGUUCUGAGCCAAGGAAGGUUGUGUUCUAACUCAGGUGUUAACAGGUCCCUAUGGCUGCCUGUGCAAAACAGACCCUGGGGGGCAAGCAGGGGGACCAGGGAGGAGACUGCUGUGAUAAUCCUGGCAGGAGAGGUUGGAGGCUGGACCUGAGGGGAGGAGUGGUUGGAUUCUGGAUGGAUUUUGAAAGUGGAGCCAAACAACUGGAUGUGAGAGAAAGAGAGGGACCAAGAUGAAGGUAGGAUUGAAUGAAUGAUCAUUAAUUGAGGGAGGGGCAUGCCAGGAGCUGGUGGGUUAGAAGUUGGCAGCAGAAUCCUAAACCCCAGGUUGAAGGGUUUAUUUCAGGAACAAUGUCUGACCUCAGAUCAAAGCCUAAAUGUCAGCUCUUCAGGGAAAUCCUCCCUGUCAUCAGCCCCUGCACUGCUGACCAGGUCAGGCAUGUGGCUGUGCUCUCUCAGGCCCCCAAGCUUUCCCUUAUCAGUGCGUAUUACAAUUGGAGUUACAUCCAACAAAUAUUCACAGAACACUUACUCUGUACAGGUUCUAUUGAGUCUUUUAUCUGUAUUGUUUAAUCCUCCUGGAUAUACGGGCUUUUCAUAUCCCCUGUUAUUUCACAGAUAGGGAACAGGCCCAGAGAGGUUAAGUAACUUAUCUGGGGUCAAGCUAGGAAUUAGGGGAGGUGGGGUCGACCCUAGAAGGCUGGCUCCAGAGCCUAAGUUCUCAAGCACCCACCCUCCACUGUCUCUCAAGCAAGUCGUGGUGGGCAGGACCAGGAUUAGGGUUAGGGGACCGUGGAAGAGAAGUGCCCAUAUCUUGGAUGUGUUUGGGUGGUGUGAGGGACAGGAUAAGAGGAAUGAAGGAGAACCUCAAGGUUUGGGGCCUAAGCAGCUGCAGAGAAUCACUGAGACAGGGAAGGCGUUAGGAGGAAUAGGUUUAGGGGGAAGGCCAGUUGUUGUCUUCAACAUGUUUGCUUUGAAAGAUCACUAAACAUCCAU